GCAAUGUGACGUCAUUCAUGGGCCAACGUUAGCACGGAUUACGUGGCAGUGGAAUUGCACUAUUGGAAAUCGAGUAAAAUUUUCCGUUUUUACCAAAACUUCCAGCAGUACAAACACAUCUAGUGGAAUCCAUUCAAACUAUUUCAAUCUUAAUCAGUACAAUUGUAAAGUUUCAGUCGAUCGUUGGAGAGGAAGCACUUCAAAAUGGGCCUUGCGAUAUCGGGUCUGUUCAACAGAAUUUUUGGCAAGAAACAAAUGAGGAUAUUGAUGGUGGGACUUGAUGCGGCUGGAAAGACCACAAUUCUCUACAAACUCAAGCUUGGUGAGAUAGUCACAACCAUACCCACCAUCGGAUUUAAUGUUGAGUCAGUAGAAUACAAGAAUGUCAAUUUCACCGUGUGGGACGUGGGCGGUCAAGACAAGAUCAGACCCCUCUGGAGACAUUACUUCACAAACACACAGGGAUUAAUCUUUGUAGUUGACAGCAACGACAAGGAGAGAGCAAAAGAGGCACAAGAUGAACUUUCCAAAAUGUUGGAAGAAGACGAACUCCAGGACGCCAUCCUGCUGGUCUUUGCCAACAAGCAGGACCUGCCUCACGCCAUGUCCGUCAGCGAAGUGACAGAGAGCCUAGGCUUGAACACAUUGAGAGGGAGACAGUGGUACGUCCAAGCAGCGUGUGCGACGCAAGGCACCGGACUCUACGAAGGCCUAGACUGGUUAUCAGAGAAGCUGGCCGCAGCCAACUAGUUUCCGUUGCCGCUCCUUUUCUUAAAUGUUGUGUCCAAAUGUCAGUAUAUCCUUGUAAAGCUCACUUCUGUACAAAAUGGCUCUCAUUCUGAGGUGACUUUAAAUUUUCCUCGUUCUUUUGUUAGUGCUUAAUAUGUGUCAGAGGCCAUGUCAACCCUGCACCUCUGAGAUCUUCAAAAGUCACAAGAUUUCAGGGGAGGGAAGGGUUGUUGUAGGACUGCUGCCCUGCUAUUGAUUUCCACAGUAACCCGAUGCCCCUUGAAAGAAAGAAUGAAGAAUAUGCCCUUUGAUUCUGCACGAGAGAGCUUGGAGGGUUUCUAGCCAGAACAAAUGGGACGAGGGAUUUGUUUUUUUUUGUUUUUUUUGAGAAAAAUAGGCCUUGUGUUGUGUGCACAGAUUCGCCCACUUCAGACAAAGCACCGAGUGUUGGUCAGAGGCACGGAAUCGUUGUUUCGGCAGUGCAUAUUGUGCAACCUUUUAUCUUUAGGGCAAGGGUUUGUUUCGACACAGUACACAAGCAAGUUUCGUUUCCUUGCUUGCCAUCCGCUUGUCUCUCAAUGGACUGGCUGUGGCCAGGAGGAACACUUACUCCCAUGGGAGAUAGCGUCAGCCUGCUGGCCAGUGGCUGCCAUAAUUCCAACCUAGCCAGAGGUGGUUCCUCUCUUUGUUCUCAUGACGUUGGGCCUCGUAGCACCCCCUACAGUCACCGUACAAACCUAACCUGGGGGCCAACUUCACAGUGCUGCUCAAGGAAAAAAUUUGUUAAAGCGUGAAAAAACCUUGCUUGACAAAUCAGGUUACCAGCCCAAAGUUCCUGUGAUCGAUAUUGUUCUAGAAUAGUAUUUACCAGUUUUUUGGUUAGCAUGACAAUCACAUGGAGCUUGAGCUGGUCAUCUUUGUUUAUUAAGCAAGUUUUAUUAAACAAAUUCUGGGCUUAAGCAGCUCCAUGAAGUUGGCCCAGUAGUAGGAACCUGUACCCUAUCAAUUUACUGAAGCAGGUUGUCCCCCAUUGUUUCAUUUUGAGUUGCUUGUUCAGCAGAAGCCAACAAAAUUUGCCAACAGUAGUUGUAAUGUUACCUCCACUUUUGGUAUCUGCCUCAAUUUCUGUGACCAUGUGGAACUCUCGUCAACUAGUUUAUUUGAAUUGCAUGCAAAUUCUCACAGGAACCAAGGACAGCCUUGAAAGGACUAAUUUGCAUGUGUCCUGUAGAUUCUCGUCAAAGCCGUAGCGUGCAUACAUUUUUAUACAGUGUAUAUCUCACAUUACCCUGAACACAGACAGAAGUCUUCAGUCUGUGUUGUCGAAUUGUUUCACAGCUACUGAACAAGAGUUUUACAAUUCCUAAAAUUGAAACCAAGUAGACAGAGAUACCAUUUAUUCUAAAAAGGAGAGUUUGGUUCAUUCAUUUAGCGUGAAGUGAACUCAGUGACAGCCUCCCCAACCAUUUUGGGGGUGGAGCAAGGAAGAGGUGGCAGCGUUAACAGAAGUGCAUUGAGUUUCACGAUGGAUAAUUUCUGUCCUUAAAAACUGUAAGAAUAAUGUAACUGUAGUUAUUCGUGUCGGUGAACUCGUCCAUUCAAGGAGCAAGAGCGCGGCAUCUUUUUGGUUUUGCUAUUACAAGUUUAUUUUUGUUAUUUAGAUGUUAAGGGAAACCCUGGUGUAUGUUGCACCACGAGGGCAAUUUUUGAAGUUAGUCAUAUUUAUUGUGCUGAAAGAAUCAUCUGUAUACACAAUUUCUGUUCAUUUGGGGGGGGUUUAGUUGUGUUUAACUAUUUUAAUGUACAUUUCAUGAAAUCUUGGCUUCUUAUUCCUCCCUAUGUGUUUAAAUGUUCAGCAGCUUAAGGUGCUUUUUUGUUCCAGUUCUUUUGUGGUGACGCAGCUUUCUACAUGGCUUGAAAACCUCUGGUGUUAAAUUCUUUAGCACAAAAACAUCGAAGAUCUUGACCCCUGUACUGUGUCCCUCUUUUCUCUCCAGAUUCCACAGUGAAACGACACAACAGGAAUAAUCAAAUGUGUCCCUGGCUAAAAGAAAAAAAAGCAAAUCUGAUAUUUGAGUGCACAGUCUGAAAGGACACAGUGCCCAUGGAAUUCCAGUCUCAGUACAAGUCUGAACUUAUGUACGAGAAAUCAAACAUGUUAAGGGGCACUGAAGGCCAAGACGCAGGGCACUGGGACAAGCAAAAGUGAUUUACAAGUGUUCACGUGGAGGUUCAUUAGAGACCACAUUUGCAGCAUGUCAUGAGAAAAUCAUUGAAAAUGGUGCCUCCUUUUGCAUCAUAGGAACUAGAACUAUCAGCGCAAGGGUCCGGGUUCCUUGAAAUAUAGGAACGCAAAGGGACAGAGGAAGCCAUGGCCGUCCGUGUGCCAACAUUCUCCUGUAUUGCAGUGAACAUAGGUUGGCCGUUGCAAGUGCUUGGCAGUGUUGAAGUGGAGACCUUUGAAGACCAACACGAGACAUCCUGCAUGAAUUCAGAUGACAAGCUACCUGUAUUCAAACUACAGCAAAAGCACUCCUUUGUCAUCGUUCACCCUGUUCCCUUGUGACUGGUCUCGCAAAGGUCAGGCUACAGCACUGGCACAUUUGGCUGGACACUUGCAAAAGAGAUCAGUACGCUUGUUUGGCGCAGGAGUAAUGAAUAUUUACGGUCGUACCUCGUUAAUAAGAGCAGGGUUAAUGCAAGAUUCUGCUAACAAGGAAAUGUUCAGGUCCUAAUCCUUUGUUUUUCAUUGUUUUCAUUCUUGAUAAUACAAGGUUCCUGUUAUAACGAGGUAAUUUGCCAAGUCUGAACAACCGCUUAUUAACGAGCUUCAACUGUACUAGGCUCCGAACAGCAUAUGCGUGUACGUCAUACCACAGGUUAAGACUGGAGAAUAGUUGAACAGACUGCAGGAUGGUGAGAUGUCAACCAUUGCGUUGUAAAUCGGACCCCUCCAAAGCAAACGAUCCAUGGAUAAGCAUAAUUAAAACUUGCUCCGAGUAUCCUUGUUAAUUCUGAGGAGGAACAUUUCCCACAGAAUGUUAGGGCAUGUACACGCUCCCAAGAGCAACUGGCUUUGGUUUUCAGUGGAUGAAAAAUUUGAGAUUUCUGAGGAUAGCUACUCUUUUCAAGGCCACAGCUUUUCAAACGACUUCAGAUCGUGUUGUCCACUUUCCAUUUUAAUAGCAGAGACUUUGCGAUUUUUUUUUUUAUGUGUCGUAUACGACUAAAAAAAGAACAACUUGUGUAAUUUACUUCCACAACGUACGAAUUAAUGUAAUGUAUAAAUAAAGGCCCUGGGUUUGUUUUCUUCAAUACUUCUAGCACAUGUAGUUGUCAGAGUGUAAAGGAUGCAUGACUAUUUAGUGACUGCUGCUGCAAUCAAGAGAAACAGUUCCAUAUUUAAGAGGAACUGGCUGUGAAAAAUGUGUAUUUGGCGUGGACAAGUUUCAUGAAUCCCAUCUUGUCACAUGUACAUUCCAUGUUUUUCAAAGAGCCACAAGAAAGACACUACAGACGGGGAUUCUUUGUUUUUAAAUAUGAUCCCUCCUGUGUACUGUAGCAUCUUUACCAAAUGUCGCACCAUCAAUCUCAUGUACAUGAGUGAUACUACAUUUUCCGGGCCAACCUCGGAGAAUGCCCCGUUGUUUUGUCAAUGUUAAAAAAAAAACCAAAAUGACGCUGUAGAUAAUAGCCUGUGCUAAUAAACUGACAAACUAGAAAUCCUGUCGAAAUAUGCACCCAAAAUUACUUGGUGUCAGUACCAAUGAGUAUACUAAUAUACGUUAAAUACAUGUACAUGUGAAAUUUACAGAUUUGUGCAUUUACAAUUUUCUGAAAGGUUUGGCUGGUGCAUCUGGUUCAGGUAACUUUUGAACAAGACGACUUGUGUAAACCAACAGUUUUUUUUUGGUUUUGUUCUUGUUUUUUGCAAAUAAAAUGGUAGUUUUAACCUGUCCGACAGGAAA